UGAGCUGUCGCUUCUUUGGCAGUGACUGAGGCGGCGGCGCUCGCCAUGGAGUCUUACGAUGUGAUCGCGAACCAGCCGGUGGUGAUUGAUAACGGCUCUGGCAUGAUUAAAGCUGGUUUUGCAGGGGAUCAAAUACCCAAGUACUGUUUUCCUAACUAUGUGGGCAGACCAAAGCAUGUUCGUGUCAUGGCUGGUGCAUUGGAAGGUGACAUUUUCAUUGGACCAAAAGCAGAGGAGCACCGAGGCCUCCUUUCUAUCCGCUAUCCGAUGGAGCAUGGCAUAGUGAAGGACUGGAAUGACAUGGAGCGUAUCUGGCAGUAUGUGUACUCAAAAGACCAGCUUCAGACUUUCUCUGAAGAGCAUCCCGUGCUCCUGACAGAAGCGCCGCUGAACCCUCGAAAGAACCGUGAGCGAGCCGCUGAGGUUUUCUUUGAGACCUUUAAUGUGCCAGCCCUCUUCAUCUCCAUGCAAGCUGUGCUGAGCCUUUAUGCAACAGGGCGAACCACAGGGGUUGUGUUGGACUCGGGGGAUGGGGUCACCCACGCAGUUCCUAUUUAUGAAGGGUUUGCCAUGCCCCACUCCAUUAUGCGGAUUGACAUAGCUGGCCGCGAUGUCUCCCGUUUCCUUCGUCUGUAUCUUCGGAAGGAAGGCUACGAUUUCCAUACAUCAUCUGAAUUUGAGAUUGUCAAAACCAUAAAAGAGAGGGCUUGUUAUCUGUCAAUAAACCCACAGAAGGACGAGACAUUAGAAACGGAGAAAGCUCAGUAUUACCUUCCAGAUGGAAGCACCAUUGAGAUUGGCCCUGCCCGAUUCCGGGCCCCUGAGCUGCUGUUCCGUCCAGACCUGAUUGGGGAGGAGUGUGAGGGACUUCAUGAGGUGUUGGUGUUUGCAAUUCAGAAGUCUGAUAUGGACCUGAGGCGAACGUUGUUCUCCAACAUUGUGCUCUCUGGAGGCUCGACACUCUUCAAAGGUUUCGGUGAUAGGCUUCUUAGUGAAGUAAAGAAACUGGCCCCCAAGGAUGUCAAAAUCAGGAUAUCUGCUCCUCAAGAGAGAUUGUAUUCUACAUGGAUUGGUGGCUCCAUCCUGGCCUCUCUGGACACCUUUAAGAAAAUGUGGGUUUCCAAGAAAGAAUAUGAAGAAGACAGUUCCCGGGCAAUCCACCGGAAAACCUUCUAACCCAGGUGCAUCCUGGGGUCUCCUUGGAGAUUUCUUCUUGUUCUCAACUCACUUUUCUGAGUCCGAGUGUCUGAGGAGCUCCUCGUUUGUGUGCGUGUGGAUGGGUGGAUGGUGCCAGAAUGCUCUGGACUUUCCCAGAGCGAAAGGAAAGGGCGGGGUUUUGACUUAACUUCUGGUUGCUCUUGUGGGAGGUAGGUGAGAAAUUGGAAUGAACUUUAUUGGGAUAUGUUCCUUUUCAGUUGGUCCUUGGACUUUUGGGGCGGGAGUGUGAUUCUUACAGAAGACAGAAAAAAGGAUGGCUUAGAAACUGAGCGGCUAAGCCAGGUGGGAACAUGAGCAUUUGUAUACCGGUCCGUGUUUGGGCUCCAAAUGGUCAGUGUAAGAAUGUGAGCCGGGCGGAAGAGCUGUCAUAGAAACUCUGAGCAGAGAAGCUGCUUGUCGCCCGUCUCCGUUGCUCAGUAGUUGUUUUGUUUGUUUUUAGUUGGACCACUUUCCCCCCCCAUCCCUUUUUUUAAAUGCAAAAGAGAAUAAGCACAUCCUGAGCUGUUAAAACCCCACUUACUGCCAUUUGUGUGCCAGUGUGAUAAAUCCUGAGGUUGGUGUGUGAGCAUCUGAACCACAACAGGAUGGUUGGAGCAGUUAAUUUUAGGAACUAGUUUGUAAUGCAUGGCGUAGAACAGGAACACCCUUCCUCUGGUCUAUUCUAGACCGUCCUUGUUUUAGCAUCCUGUAGUGGAGACAAGUCGCCUGUCAUGCAGCCAAGUGUGUCUUGAACCUUCUCCCUCCCCCCUGCCCCAUCAUCCUGCCUCAUGUGUAGCUUAAAGAUUUACAGUGUUGAUGUUUUCUGUAAAAAGCUGAAGCCUUAUGCCUAGGCUGUAAACCCUGCACACAGGGCUCUUCAUCCAUCCUUGCAGGGAAGCCAGAUAACGGUUUUUAGAACAAUUUUAUUUAUUGAAAAACUUGAUGGCAACUGAAUUAUUAACUACACCAAUCGUUUGUUCCCUAUGUACUCUCUCAUGCACAGUCCUAUUAUGCUCCCCCCCCAUACUGUUUAACACUAACACUGACAUUUUAACAGUAUUAUCAUUUAGUACUGUUGGGUCAGCCACACAGCCUCUCCCUCCUGGAGUACCUUGUUACUGCUGGAGGGGCUGUUUUCCAUGAAUGUACCACAGGAGGGAACAAUACUCACUCCUGGAAUCCUUCGGAAGUGGAGUAGUGACCUCCUGAGGGAGGUGGCCAUGCCAGAGUUGCACACCCUUUGGCUGUUUUUGCCCUGUUACAGAAAUGGAAAGGAUCACAUGUCUGCUUUGAACGGAGGAUUUUGUUUUUACAGUUUUUGUUUUUAAAAAUACACAUGUUUUGGUGCUUCUGAUUUUUAAGCUUUCUUUUUUUAAAAAACACUGCUGCUGGAAACCAAAUAAGGUAUAUUGUUGGCCAUUUAAGUAUUAAAAGACAAUGCAGCUGGAUGCUAGCCUUAUGACUACCUAUAGCCAAAUGUUGCAGAAAAGACUGCAAUAGGAAGCAAGAAUUGAGGGACUUGAUCUCCCAGAUGUUGGCAAAGCCUUGUCCCAUGUGCUACUGACCACCACUGUCUUUUGGAUGUGGUCCGGUUUGUCUUUUGAUUUGCAAGCCUUUGUUAUGCUCUUGGAGGUCCUCACCAUUCUCAGGAGACCUCCUUGGGGGCUGUUAAUAGGCAAGCUGGAAUUUAAGUUGCAUCCUGCCCGUUUCCGAAGCUGCAUGGAAGGGCAAAUCUCAUACCCUGUCCUGCAGAGGCAACACAAUCUUGUGUGUUAUGCAAUGGCUUUCACAGUGUUUUCAGAAAAAUAAAACUCCAGGGUAAGAACUUGCUGUUGAAAAUGUGAGGUUAACAUCGCCACCCUAAGUAAAGUUAUACACUUCUGAGUCUACUCAAGUCAGCUGCCAGAUGAACCAGAGUAGUUGCUGGAACUUUCAGAAUAACUGGCUGGCUUUUGGGGAAGAAAGAUAGAAGAGAUGUAUUUGAGCUGUAUGAUCUUACUGUAACCCUUUGUAUUUUGUGUUCAACUAAAGGAUAUCUGUUAGUUCCUGGGUGCCUCUUCCUGCAAGAAAGAUGGCCUUGGACUGAGUAGCAAUGUGCUUUUGAUGAGCAAUAUCACCACCGCCAUGUCCCCUUAUUUCCGGAGACUUAUUGUGAAAAGGUGAGGAGACUCUGCCCAGGCAGCAGAUCCCAGGGAAGUGCUGGCACUUGUGAUUCUGCAGCAUCAAUGUAUCAUUUUCCUUCAGUAGCUGUGCCUGGCGUCUGAGUCUGCUGAAGCACUGAGAGCUGGCAUGAAGCCACUCUGCAGUAAUGUUCUCGGACCCUCAUUUUUUGAAAGCACCCUACUCAGUGCUGACAGAUCGAAAUCAGAUAUCUUUGUUUUGCCCCACCCCUUUUCCUGGUGUAUUUAUAAUACUUUUAAGUAAUACUUUUAUGUCGGGGGUUUGCUCAUCUCAGAUGUACCCUGGGCACCUAACAGUGCAAUCCAUCCAGUUACUUCAGCCCAAGCCCAUUGAUUUCAAAAAGUCUAGACUGGGGCAACUCUGCAAAGGAUUGCCCUGUAGAUCGGGUGGCUUUGCCAGGGCAGCGUACCUUCUCUAGUGACUUUAGGAAGUCGUCUUCUGAGAUAAGUUGUCUUAUCCGGAUAAGUUGUCUUAUCCAACAGUUGCAUUAAUGCCACUUCACUUUGUUUUCUUAUUCAGAGUGAAAUGAAGUUUCUCCUGGAAUAAGGCCAGUACUACAAGUAGUAUUGGUGUCCAAACUUUACUUUAACCAAAUUAAGCUGGAUUUAAAAGUUUGUUAUAUCCUUGGCUGAGAGGCUGCUCUGUAUUGGUGCUUAGAGCAUGUUGUUACUGUGGCAGAGACUAAGGCUACAGUGGCCAAUCAGAAUUUGCAGGCAGUCAGGUACUUCGCUUUGACAUGUUGCAUUCAGUUGUCAAUGACUUGUAGCUCUGAAGCUGUUUGGGGUGUUUUUGUGAAUGGUGGACCAAAGCUGACUUUCAGUGGACCAGUUACCUAGGGGAUAAUCCUGAUUCCUGGCUUGUCAGUUUGAGACCUACAGAUAUCAGCAUCACCUGAGAUGUUUCAUGGUGGACCAUACUACGGCCUUCUCCCAUAAAUAAGGGAGACUGGCUUGCCUUAUGAUGCAAGAAUGUUGUGUUUUGUUUGAACUGUCUAGGUGUCUGGUAUUUUAGAGGCCUUGAUUUUUAUCUGGUGUUAAGUGUCUUUCUAUGCUUUCCAGUAGUUGCAUGAAAACAAAGGAAUUUGUGCUUUUAAAGAAAUUUCCUUUUGUUCCCACAGGGAAUAAUUACUAACGACGUGGGGCCAGUGCAUGGCACCAUAUACCUAGAGGUCAUAAUGAGCAACUCUUGGCUUAGUGUAGUCCAUGUUUCGGUUGGUAGGUAUGGGAAAAUGAGAAGAAAUAUUAUUAAAUCUCCAAGUUGGCUCCUGCCCCUCCUUUAAACUCUUGUGACCUUUUCUUUGUUUUGACAUCCAUUAUCAGAACUAUCAGAAGCAGCAAUGUUGACAAACUGACAGGUGCUUUUCACAAUCUAGCAUUGGUUCUAUCUGCUUGACACUGUACUUUGCACAUGUGUGCAAACCACUGCUGGAUGCUG